CGCUACGAAGUAGACAUGCUGUGAAGCGGGAGCGAUAUAUUUACAACACGCGAUUGGUUUAAGUGCAUUGUGAAAAUAAUAUGUUUUAGUGCCGUUCUACCUACACUUUAAAUCGGAUUGUAAUUCCUGUGUUAUACACGUUGUACAUAGUGAAAGUGUUAAAUUAACCUAAACAAAAUGAGUGCCAAAAAAGUGAUUGGUUCAACGAAGGUUCCCGUGCAGGAGAGCGCAGAUUCUGGUUAUUUGUCUGGUAUAAUUAGCGAGGGAUUAGAUUCAGGGGUCUUAUCAGGUCCUAUUUCUGAAGAACUUAGAUAUCCCGAAGAUGUGUCGAGUCCUCAGUCGUCGAGACUGUUGAGUUCAGACAAAACGGAAAUGGAUUCUGGUGUUUUGACGGAGGGGCCUUGUGAAGAGUUAGAGGAUAAAGUUGUGGAACUUCAGGCGGAAAUGAAAAAAUGCGACAUUGAUAGUCCACCUGAAGUCAACGUUAGCCCUGCCUCAAUACCAGAACACUUGCAGAUACCCCUUGCUAAUAUUUUCCAGCAGGAUGCGGAUGGUGACAAUGUAUUGCACAUCACAGCUGUUCACGGCUGCAAAGUGCGAACAGCACUCCUCAUCAGGCUGUGCCCUCACCCAUCAUGGCUUGACAUCACAAAUGACUAUGGCCACACAGCGCUACACUUAGCUAUCAUGAGUGGACAUGCCAUCAUCGCCAGAAUGCUUGUCAAAGCGGGUGCUUCCUUCGCCAUCAGAGACCACAUGGGGGAGACUCCACUGCACACAGCAGUGAAAACUGGCAAGCGAGACUGCUUACUAGCACUCUUAGACCCUGUGCCCGACCGCAGAAAUCAGAAGGCUGUAUUAAACCAAACAAAUUAUCAUGGCCAAGCUUGCGUGCACAUCGCAGCCAAAAAGGGAGAUAUAGAAAUGCUGCACACCCUCGUCCUGUACGGUGCCGACAUCAACGCCAAGGACGGCAGCUCAGGCUGGACGCCCCUGCACUACGCGGCGCGCGCCGGUAACCACGCGGUGUCGCAAUACCUGCUCGAACGCUGUCCCAAAGUGUGGAAGUACGUCUCCGACUACGCCGGACGCACGCCCAUGCGUCUGUCGCGUCGCACCGGCGUACAUGACUACUUCAUUAAGGCGUACAAGCAUGAUGAUGACGAGGACUACACGAGUGAUGAGGACGACGGUGACGACUUCUUGGAGAUGCAUAAGUCGCAGCCGGUGGCGGUGUGACGACAUUAAGUAAACAACAUUGAACGCGACCGACCACUUACGUUAUUGUUACGUUAGACUGAAGGGGUAGCCCGUUCACGACAACGCCCAAGCGUGCAAUCUAAACGUUAAUUGUAUUUCCACUUGAAGGCCAAUCUUAUUCCAUCCUGAAGACUUUUUUCUUAUCAAUCUAUGCCGAAUAUUGAGGCUCAAGAUUUAAUGCUCAACUGCAAAUUGUACCUAACUAGGAUUAAAGUAAACCGAGUCUUUAGUGCUGCGUACAGUUAAUCCUUUCGGCUUAAAAUGGUUUCAAGUGGAAAGAUAAUUGCGACUGUAUGUGUAUUUAUUUAAAUUUAUGUUUGCCAAGUGCAAACUGUGAUAUUAGAGUUCCGUAGAACCCUUAUAGGAGCCCGUCCGUCUGUCUAGUCUACUCGUAUAUAGUUAGUUACUCUGAUAAUGGAUGGUGUGAGACCGCGUUUUUUAGAAAAGCGUUAUUUAAUCAACCCACCAAAAUCGUUGGCUACGCGUUAACGAUUCUUUCUGUUUGUCUUAGUUCGAAUUUAUAUUUUAAAUCCUAGUAUAAUUUUAUGGAUAUAACUAGCCUGACGAUUGGCUAACACAGGUCUUCCGUAAUAUUUUGUUAAGACACUAUUAUGUAGUUUAGACUUGUUGUUACUAAUGAGCCUACUUUUUUAUCAUGAUGAUUUGUCUCAUCGGGUGUGAUGUUCGUUGCUGAAGCUAAUCGUAGAACGGAACUGUCUACCAACUAUCAUACUGUCAGUUGUGAUAGACAUUUGUCCGAGCGGAAUUCGUUUUAACUGCCAUUCGACAACUUAAGAUAAUAAUAAUUUUAUAGAGAUGUUAAAAAUGUGAGAAUCUAACCCCAAUUACUUGUUUUUAUCAGUUGUAACUGUUGUAUGACAUCAGGUCAGCGCUGGUACCGGCAUUUGAAAUAGUCAAUUGUUUCUAUGUUAAUAGUAUGUUUAUGUGAGUGUAAAUUAUUGUAAAUAGUAUAAUAAACGUGACAACUGUUUCUGAAA